AUGUUGGGAGUCUUUAGCAGCAACAUUGUGUCCCUGCCUGAGGAGCUGGUGGCUGCUGGCAGCCGGACUCCGUCGCCUAAGACCACCGCAACAGCGCUAGUGAAGCAGUUCCUACAGUGCAAUGACUCCGGGGUGUCGGUACAGAUCAGCAAUGAUGUAUACCUAGCUUACACUGACAACAGCCAGUCACCCUUACUUCCCAGGACAUUUGGGGUGAAGGAUGAGAUAUUCUGCAUGUUCGAGGGAGAUGAAUCAGGCAAGGUUCCUUUGUACUGGGGUAUCACUGCUGAUGGAUUCUUGGCAUUUGCUGAUGAUGCCGAACUGCUUAAGGGAGCGUGUGGCAAGUCGCUCGCUUCGUUCCCUCAGGGAUGCUUCUACUCAACAGCAGUGGGAGAGCUACAAAGCUAUGAAAAUCCGAAGAACAAGAUCACAGCUGUUCCUGCGGCAGAGGAAGAGAUGUGGGGUGCAACGUUCAAGGUGGCAGGACCAACAGUUCUUGCCGCCACAGAAUAA